GAGGGAGAGGAGAAAGCAGGAAUGGCUGUGCACAGAGAUGAACAUGCAGUGAGCUGUCUUCCUUCUUUCUCCUCUUCCUCUGUUUUUUCUUCCUCUUUCCCAUCCCCUUUCCUUCCAUCUCUUCCUUCUUUCAUUGCUCUUCCUGACCACCCCCCCCACCGCCCUUCAGUGCCUCUCUUUUCCCUGGAAAGUCCUGUGUCCCUAUGACCUUGGAAGGAGCUGCCUGAGACUCUCCGUUCAGCUAGCAUCCGCAGCCCUGAGCCACCAGAUCCUGGAGAAGAUGCAGCUGUACCUGGUGCUUCUCCUCAUCAGCUACUUGCUGACUCCGAUCGGUGCUUCCAUCUUGGGGCGCUGCACGGUGGCUAAGAAACUCUAUGACGGGGGCUUGAAUUACUUUGAGGGUUACAGCCUUGAAAACUGGGUGUGCCUGGCUUAUUUUGAGAGCAAGUUCAACCCCUCAGCUGUCUAUGAGAACUCACAAGAUGGCUCCACCGGCUUCGGCCUCUUUCAGAUCCGUGACAGUGAAUGGUGUGACCAUGGCAAGAACCUCUGCAGCGUGUCCUGCACUGCUUUACUGAAUCCAAACUUAAAGGAUACGAUCGAGUGCGCCAAAAAAAUCGUGAAAGGAAAACGUGGGAUGGGAGCAUGAACAGCCCACAUCUGUCUCUUUGGCAACAGCUGAAGGAGUUCGUUUCCAGGGGCGGAGCUCGGCUGGAUCAGCAACGUCCGAGUUGAGUGACUUAAGCGAUGUCCGUGGUUAAGAGCACAGACUGCACCUGCAAAGGAUCUAAGCUUGGUCCCCAGCACCCACCGGCCAGUUCUUCUGACCUCCUUGGCCUCCUGUGCCCGCCACCACGCUUUUCUGUCCAGAUGGAUUACAUCUGUAACGAAAUAAACCUUUCAUCCCUUCUGUCAUAGCAAAACAGAAAGGACCACAGUUGGGACCAUGGCAAUUGGGGGUGGGAAAAGAAAAAAUGCAGGCCUGAGGGUCAGAGGCCCCAGGGAGAGGUCUCCAAGUAGAUGAAGUGUAAUAAACCCUCACGUGAGCACCCUACCUGGAGAGAGGUUCAGUAAGUGACGGUGACAUCUGGACCAAUCUGCUCCUCACUCUCACCUUGUUCUGGGUAGAGCUGUGUUUUCUUUCUACUUGGGUGACAAUCUUGUGUUUUCAUUUGUUUGUUGUGUUUUCCUUUUUUGGCUUUUUUAUGAGACAGGGUAUUUCUAUGUAGCCCUGGCUGUUCUGGAGCUAGCUCUGUAAACCAGAAUGACCUUGAACUCACAGAGAGCCUCCCGUCUCUGCCUCCCAGUUGGUGAAGCAUCAGAUAUGUAGUGCAUGGUUUUCCUUGCACUUAGGGAUGGUGGCACCACUGUGCUCUGUCUACUUUGAGUUUACAUAAUUUGAUAAAAAAAAUUACACCAACACCCAUCUACCUGCAAUAAUAUGUAACAAAUUAACCUAAUUAAUUCGCUCCUAACAGUAGUGUAGUCCUUUUUGUCUUUUUAAAAGUAAAUUAAUCCUACUUCCUGUUAAGGAAGAGAUACCAGACAGGGACAAGAUCAUCACAGUUCUAACUGAGUUGGAGGUCAGUAUGAAUUUACAAAUCUAUUGGAUGGGAAGCCAGAAGUAUAGCUCACUCUUCUAAAUCUUCUGGUUCCUUCUCAUUCUCUGGCUUGUUCUGUCUUCACCUGUGUCUAGCUUGUUCUCUCUGAAACCUGUCUCUCUAAAACUAUCCCAACAAAACUGCUACCCACCACACACACACAACCCCACCACCACCACACACACACGCAGACCACACACACACACACACACACACACACCACUAUACUCUUUCUCCCCAUACUGCUGUUAAGUGGCCUCUCUUUCUUGUGCUGUUCUCAUGAGAGUAGGUGCAUCCUACCUCUGACUCAUUCUGUCAGAUUUCUUUCUCUGAUUCCUCACUUCGUCUGCCCCUCAAUUAGAUGUCACCUUCAAACAUGUCUGCUUCCUUCUACAAACUAACCUUAUCUUCACUGUUAGAGAUUAAAAAUAUAUGCUAAGGUCAUGCCUGUAUUCCAGCCAGAUCAUAUCUUUGGAUGUGAUCCCUUGCUAGAGCAGCCAUGUUUCUGGAUUAAAAUUCUUCUCUGUCUUCCCCCUUUCCGUUUAAGCUAAAAAUUAUACACAGUUUAACUGUUACCACAGAGACAAUUAUCAGUCCCACAAAUGGAACAGUCUUUUGUCCUCAUGAAGAUCCGUUGACGCACUGGUCCAGUCCUGAUCACCCAGCCUUUAGCAAAUGUCCAUUUCAGCCUCAAGGCUUUCUAGUCUGCCAGCCUAACGGACGAUCUGCAGAUCUCUGAGGUGUUCGAGGACCACCUUUCUAUCUGAAGUAAUCUAAAUAGAAGGUUGCUCGUUUCCCACUUUAUUUUCUGCUUACCUUUGAAGACAUAUACAGGAGGCCAAAUAAAGCUUAUGUCUGCAAUUAAACUAAAUUAGCACCUAACAUGACUACAAAUUAUAUAUACUUAGUUACCCUAAACGGUUUACAAUAUUAGCUUUCAUAGGACUAGAACUUUACAUUAUAUUUUUAAAUGGGUUGCAUAGAUACAAUACCUUAAACAAGAUUUGAAUCACAUACAGUAUAUUGUAGCAAAUAUAACCUUAAAUUUCUAUCAAUAUGUGAAAAUCUAUAGAAGUCUAAAAUAUUUGAGACUUGUUGUUCUUUCUAGUCUAAAAGAAUAUAUAAUAAUCUGUCUUUCGUUUCCUAACAAGAAGAUAUAGUAAUCCACCAUUUUGUCCUUAUAUCCCCUCUCUCCCUUUCUCUAUCCCAACACUAAGUAGGAGAGAAAGUGUUGGGGGCCGACUUUUAGCAGAAAGCGGCUAUCAGCUUUGCAGCCAUCUUGAGCCAUAUACCCUGACAUGAGACUUGGAUUACAAUAGCCUACAACAGCUGAGCACACUCGGAUAAUCUUGGUUUAGAUACCUUGAGAUUAAAGGUGCGUGAGAUUAAAGGUGUGUAACUUAAGAGUAUAACUUAGAAGUAUAGAGAUCAGAGUUAGAGACAAGACCUAAGGGCAUGAUUAAAGGUGUGACCAAAAGGCGUGGCUUAGAAGUGAGACAUAUAAAAGGCAGAGACAGAACAGAUCAGAAUCAGACUGAGAUCAGAGAAUCAGACACAUCAGACAUUAGGUAGAAGACACUUGGCUCCAGACAGAAUCAGACACAGCAGACAGAGGAGAGAGAGAAGGAGACACUUAGAGGAAGAGAGACUGAAGAAUAAAUGGGAUUGGAUCAC